AUGGAGGCUGUGGUGAGAGGGGAGUUUGCUGCGUGGGAGACUCGACUAAAGACUGAGCAAGGUCGACAGGAUGCUGUCAGAGUGGAGCUGGAUGAGGCGAGGGUGGCGGUGAAGGAAGAGAGGAGGAGGAGGGAGGAGGUUGAGGAGGCCUUGCACCAGGCCAGUAGACAACUGGUGGAGCUGCAGAGACAACGAGAGGACUCUCUCAGAGCCCUAGAGAAGGUGUCAGACCACGGAGCUCUCAAACAGCAGCUGGCGGAGGUGCGGACCCAGCUGGCCAGAACUGAGAGGAGGAUGUCUGAGAGCAGGGCCGAGCACCGGAGACUGCAGACCGAGCAGCAGGAGAUGAUACGAGGUCUGCGCAGACAGCUGGGCCGGCCCGCUGGAGAGCAGGGGAGGGAGGAAGGGGAGAGGGUGCAGAGAGAGCUCCUCGCCAGACUGACUGAGGCUGAGGAGGAGAAGAAACAGCUGAGAGAGGAGUUAUCUCGGCAGGCGGCAGUGGUGGGGAGACAGAGAAGCCAGCUGGAGGAGCAGGCUCUGGGACUGAGGGAGAUGGAGAGGGAGGUCAGAGAUCUCUCCGCCCAGCUCGCUCGCUGGCAGACCUCCAUACCACACUCCAGAUAUUGUACCACCAGAUCUGCUGGGUCCCGACAAGCCGCUGCAGUAACACAGACCCUCAUUUCCACCACUCCCUCUCCUCCCCACGUGUCCCCGCCUCACCUGGUCCAGGAGACGAGAUCCACUCUCGACCAGCUGGAGCAAGAGACUGAGCAGCUGCAGAUACACUACCAGCAGUUGUUUCACCCUCCCUCCCUCCCCACUCUCACACGCUCACCCCCUCACACCCCCACCUCCUGUGCCGUGCUCAGCUGGCCAGUGGGUGGAGCCAGCUCCAUGACGACUACGUCUUCCUCUGUUCCUCUCAUUGUUCACACCACCUCCACAAAGACCACACCCACCUGGCAACUUCCCAAGACCACACCCACUUCAUUUCCUGCCAGGACCACACCCAUUUCCGUUCCCAACAUUCCUCCAACAACAACAACACCCACUUUACAUCCAAAUUGUGUUCCUGAGACCACACCCACUACAAAUGCUAAUUUACAGUCUGGGACCACACCCACUACAACUUCAUUCCCUACUGUCUCCACUUCUGUCAGUAGGCACAAUGUAACUGCCACGUCACCCACACCACCCAGCUCUGUCGAAAGAGCAAUGGAGACCAAGGAAACGGAAGACGUAACUAGUUCUGCUGAGACCAAAGGAGGGGUGGACCCUCUAAUGAUGAAGUACAUGGAGCUGGUGGCCCAGAAGAGGGCAGAAGAGAAAAGGGAAGGCAGGGGGCAGCAGCCACUGCAAGAUUUCUCUCUCUCUGAACAGAGCCAGGUGCAGGAAGCCAGGUCUCUUUCUCAAGCCACUGACAGUGUCGGAGGGUUUUCAGAUGGAGACCAAGGCAGCAGAGACCCAUUUCAGGAUUGGUGACUUUACAAACUCUUCUACCUGUGCUACCAAAUACUUUAGCAGUCAUUGCUAUUGAUGCAGCGCAUUACAAUACGUAGCUCAUUUUGCAGCAACAGAAAGUAAGAACGUAUUAUUAUAACAACAUGAUAGUAUGUGGUUGAAGGGAUCGGGUCAGGCCUGAGAGACUAGGUUGUGGAGUUGGGCUGCAGCUGCUGACGGUACUGGUACCCACCCUCCCAGAGAGCGUGGUGGGAGUUCAUGCGAGCUCUGGCCUCCUCUCUCUCUCUCCUCCUCCCCCUCUCCCUCUCCUCUGCCUCUCUCUGCAGUCCCGUGGCCACCGGGAGACUUUUACUCUGCUGUGAACAUAGUCAACAUUAACACAACAGCAGGGUCAAAGGUCAGCCACACCCACUCACCUUGGCAAUCCUCUCUGAAAUGGUAGAGGUCAUAGGAUCAUCGGCUGUAUCAGUAGGGAAACCCCCUUGAAGCUUGCACUUUGACCCUGCACCAAUAGCAAUGUGUACAGUCAUGUAUGUGAUAGAGUGAGGUGUGACCGUGGGUGAAGGGAUGGGUACAGUGAGCUGUGGGGGCCUCGUCUCUCUUCCCGACUCUCUCCAUGUGCUCCACUAUACUCUGGAACUACAGUGAGAGGACUUUGACUGACAGCACAACAUCCAUUCUUCAUGGGUGAUGUACUGGAGUGUCCAGUGCAAAUGUAGCUGCAGAUGGCCUGGAUUAUAGUGAGCACGCCAGCUGACCGUGUAGAGUAUGAUGGCUGUCAUUUGGUAGUUACGUUUUACCAGGUAUAUUAUACAUAUUGUCCUCGUAAUGAACCCACCCACAUUGUUCAUCUAACCUCCUUCUGUGGUGGGUGUGGUCUCGGCUGUCGUCUGGCAAUCAGUUUCCCGCUCUUGUCCCUGUGAGGACUGCUGUGACCCCACGGAAAGUAGCUGAGGGGAGACCCCUGGGUAACAUGGGUUAAUUAGCCUCUUGGAACAAUGUGUUGAGCUGGCUCACCACUCUCUCUUGUCUCUUUCUCUCAACAGCCUCCUCCAUCUGAUCUUCUGUGAGAUGAUUACCAAUCACACAGGGGCCACCCCCACAGUGAGUGGACUCACGAAGUUUCCUGGCGUAUCGAGACUGCUGCGAUCUUCUCUGACUCUCUCUCUCCUCCUCAGACAUUGACCUCAUCAGUGUAGAUUGGUCCCCUGUCUCACCCUCCACUGCUCCUUUAUACCUCUGCACACAUACACACACACACACACACACUCUAAAAGAGGGUUAUCUAAUCAUCCCUUUGUACCAACAUAUAUGACGUAUUAACCCAUAUGCAGUGUUCCUAAGCUUCAAUUUCAUGACUUUUAAGGCAGCACGUCUGUGUAAAGUGUGUUGAAUAAUAUUAUCAUUAUACCAGAGAGUUCUCGACCUCUCUGCGGAGGUGUGUCUGGAAUCUCGUCUCUGGAUGGACCCUCAUCAGUGCAUCCACCUGACCGUCACGUGACUUCAUUGGAGCCCCGCCCCCUGGCCUCCCGAGGGGUGGGUACCCAGCCUCCUCCUCUCUCACAGAUGGUCUCUCUCCCUGCCGUGAGAUUGGGGCGUCGCCUCUCGCCAGAAGAGUUCCACUG